AUGUGCUGCUGCCGCCGAAGUCGCGUCUGGAACUUCUCAGAACUUGUCAGCUCCCAGGUCUUCCCAGAUCCAGGCCUAAGGGCGGCCCGGGGAGCGAAUGCGCGGAGUGGACCUGGGGGCCCUGCCCCCGCUCUGACCCCGGGCGCUCUCCUGCCAGCCGACUGCAAGUACAAGUUUGAGAGCUGGGGGUCCUGCGAUGGGAGCUCGGGCACCAAAGCCCGCCAGGGCACCCUGAAGAAGGCGCGGUACAACGCCCAGUGCCAGGAGACCAUCCGCGUCACCAAGCCCUGUGCUCCCAAGACCAAAGCCAAGGCCAAAGCCAAGAAAGGGAAGGGAAAGGACUAGAAGCCAGGCCUGAAUCCAAAGAGCCCCUGGCCCGCGUGCUCCCUCCCCGGCCCCAGUAUAACCCACCAGUGCCUUUUGUGACUCUUCAGCUUUAUCAAUCAUGCCCCGCCCUCCCCCACCCCUCAAGUGCCCACAGUGGGGAGGGACAAGGGAUUCUGGCAGCUGGAGCCUCCCCCAAAGGAAUUUGACUCCCAUGCCCCUGUUGUUCUUACCCACCAUGAUGCCAUUGCUAAAAAACAAAUAAAACUCAUUUUCUCCCAA